UUUUAAUUCAACAAUCCAUUUUUAAAACGUUAUGACAAAUACGUUACAUGUUUACAAUCUGGCGUUCACUUCCGGUGUGGAUGUAGCUGUCACUCUCGCAUCUUUUCUCUUGGAAACCGCUUUAUCAGCAGUAUGAAUGAAGGAGAAGUGUUUCAUGAGAAGCAAAGGUUGGAGCUGUGCGCGAUCCAUGCUCUGAACAACGUGCUACAAGAGCGGGUGUUUACAAAGGAGACUGCGGAUGACAUCUGCAAACGACUUGCUCCACAGUGUAUGGUGAACCCUCAUCGCUCAGUACUAGGCACAGGGAAUUAUGAUGUCAAUGUCAUCAUGGCAGCACUACAGAGCCGGGAGCUGGCUGCAGUGUGGUGGGACAAACGCAGAACAGUACAGAGUCUUUGUGUAUCUAAGGUCCUAGGGUUUAUCCUCAAUGUCCCAUCACGCAUCUCCCUUGGGAUAGUUUCGCUCCCGCUCCGACGGCGGCACUGGCUCGCUGUUCGACAGGUCACAGGACAGUACUACAACCUGGACUCCAAACUCAAGAAUCCCAUCUGUAUCGGGGGAGAGGCAGAAUUACGCACUUUUCUCGCAGAACAGCUCUCUCAGGAAGUGGCCGAAAUGCUCUUAGUCGUCCAAAAGGAGGUGGAGGAGGACGGAUCGUGGCUGAUUUCAGAUGACCUCAAGAAGUGAUGCCUUGUGGAUUGCUUUACCUUUAUAAGCAUGUCUGAUAAUUAUAUUGGAUAACUUUUUUUAGAUAAAGAACUUGCUAUAAAUAGAACGUCCACUACUUCAGGGAAUGCACUGUUGUCAAUACACAGAAGAAACUCCAAAGACGUGAGGCGGUUUCACACUGACUGAAUGCAGUAUAUUUUUCUCUCUCUGACAUGACCAAUGUAUCUGACCAACACGUUUGUUAAAUACAGCAGGAGACAGUGUAUGGAGCUCAACAGUGGGCAGGAUUAUCUGGUUCUGAAAAUAAAAUAAUUAAGAUCUCUUUGGCUUAGACUUAAUUGGGAAAGACGUAUGUAAAGAGAUAAACGGAGAGAAGAGCAGGGAGAGGCAUUCAGUUUGUAUGACAUUGAAGCCACAGCUUAGAGUUCCUAUACUAUCGUGCAGCAAAAAAUCAGUUUAAUUUUCUCAUAGACUGAUUGAAUAAUUGAAAUAUUAAAAUGGGGUGUUAUACUUUUGAAACCACUGAGUCCUAAACAUUGUUAUAUUUAGGCCUAUUUUCAUUUAUUCAUUUUUUGUUGUGCUAAAAUGUAAUAAUAUUUUAGUUUUUUGAGCUGUUAAUGGAGAAAAAGCAUUAAUUAGGUUUAAAAAAAGUUGUUUCCAGAACCAGAAGUCCCCACUCACUGCUGAGCUCCACAGUAUGACUGACUAGGAUCAUUUACCUGCCUAUAAUAGUAGCAUAUAAGAGUGUGUCCACCAAAGUGCACCAUACCUUUUCUCAUCUUCACUGAAAUCUUUCUAUGCACCGCAGUUAAUUUAAUCACUGUUUUGCCUCUGUGUUUUCUUAAACUUACCCACCUUUGCCACGAAGGUAUUUUUGCUGACUGCUUUUGCAUCUCCUUUUUAUUCUCAUGUUUGUGUCUGGUGCAAUGUUUAGGGUGCAUUCACAUUUGUCCUGGUUUGGUCCUGGUUUGAGCCCUGUUCAUUAUUGACAUAUACCGGUACUUUGGUUGGUUGGUACUGCUCUAGUCCUGGUUUAGUUCCGGGUUUAGUCCCAGUUUUGAUGUGGUGUGUGUCCGCAACUGUGAAUGCACCUUUAAGAACACUUUGUACCUCUGUGUCUGGUGCGAUGUUUAGGGUGCGUUCACAUUUGUCCUGGUUUGGUCCUAGUUUGAGCCCUGUUCAUUUCUGACAUAUACUGGUACUUUGAUUGGUUUGGUCCUGCUCUAGUCCUGGUUUAGUUCUGGGUUUAGUCCCAGUUUUGAUGUGCGUGUGCAACUGUGAAUGCAUCCUUAAGAACACUUUGUACUUUUGUGUUUGCAAGUUUACCUGAAAUUAUUUGGUAACAAUUUCUAAUGACUAUACUAUUUACAGCCCUAAAAAGUCAUUAGUGACUAUAGGACUUAAAGGUCCUAUAUUAUACAAAAAUUGACUUUUGUGAGUUUUAAACCAUGUUAUAAUGUUGUUACCUCCUCAACAACAUACCUGGAGUUGUGUUUUGUUUCAUUCACACGUUUGAAUAUCCAUUUUUUAUUAGUUUAUCUACAUUUCCAAAGCUCAAAUGCUCUGUUCCACUUUGUGAUAUCAUAAAGUGGUAGUUUUGGAGUUAACCUUUUUUUUUAACGUUUUGUUUAUUACAGAUUGGCAAUUUCAGGGCUGAAAUUAUCCAAAUGAUUCUAGUGAAGAUGUAUGGAUUAAAAAAAACAAAACUGGAGCACUUCCUGUAUCACCACAUGAUGACAUCACAAGGUGGAACAGAGUAUUUUCAGUUUGAGAGAAGAAAUCAGCCUAAGUAUGCAGGGUUUGUGUGUUAAACAGGUGUGAAUGAAACAAAACACAACUCCAGCUAAGUUUUGAUGAGGAAACAGCAUCAUAACAUAGAUCAGAAAUUAGCGUAAUAUUUAUUUAUUAUGGCUGCUUAAGAUGUAGUUAUUAAAAAGAAUUACCAAAUAACAAACAACAUACAUUUUUGUAAAUUAAACAAAUUAUUCCUGUGUUUUGAAAGGUUAUCGUAAAAGACUGAUGCUUUUGGGGUUUUAAACUUGCAAAAACAGUGAUUUGUGGUGUCUCUUGUACUAAACUAUGCAUAUCCAAAGAGGCACUGUUCGUUGUUGACACUCGUGAAUGACACUGUACGCAUAAGCCUAAUCUUAGUUUAUAAUAUUCAAAAUGUAUUUAUAUUAAAGUUUGUGUUUUGGUA